CACGGCGGAUUUCAGGAAUGCCUUCCUGAAAACAAUACGUCAAAUUAUCAGAGAAUCAGUGAGAAACAUGUCAAUUCCUUCUACAAAACCAGGAAGUGGACCUGGCAUUCUUCUAGUGACUGGACACAAAGCGGAAGGUUUAAGCAGUCAUACUCUCGAAAGACCAACUGCUAGACAUACUAUCGUUAUUGCCGGAGGAUCCCAUACUUUAGGAAAAGUGAAAAAAUCCAAACCCACUCAACGGCACUCUGCUGGAAAUAUAGAUUACGAUCAAUUAAACCAAGAUGGUGAUGAAAAUACACGGAACUUUAGAAGGAGGAGUAAGACUAUCACAGACGCACCAGAUACCAAAACGGAAAAUGAACAAGGUUUCAAGUCCGAGGGUGAAGAAGACUGCCAAUCGUUCAUGAAAACAAGGUCAUUAGGAAAAACACCAAAUCAUCUUACACUAAGCACUACCUCAACUUUGUCAGCAGGGAGCACCGGAAGUCAAGCGAAAUUGAUCCAAUCCUCUCAUAAUCCUGAAGACUUUCAGCCUGUUAAGACAGAUGAAUUAGGUAAGCAGAUCAACAAGAAAAUAAUUGAAUUGGACAUGAUUUCCGAUGUGCCAAUAUCCUCAAACCCAUCCCCAAAAAAGUCUCCGAUAGUAAGAAGUCCAAAUCGUAUCAAAAAGGAAGGUCCUAAUAACUUCAGCCCUAAAUUCAGUCGACGUUCUAAAGAUGGAGGUCUGAAUCAUUGGGACAUCCAGAAAAAAAGCCCAAGAAAAUUGAAGUCUUCUCUGAAGAACUCGGCCAAAAUAUUAACCAGUGAAAGUCCAACUUGCAUAGAGUGCUAUCUGUCGGGAAAGUCUGAAAACACACAGCACUAUGCACCUGACAGAAGAGGAAGCAUUAUAUCAUCUUCACCUGACUUGCCGAUGGAAACGCCAUUCGAAGAAUGAAUUGAAUAAAAUGUUUUAUUGGAAAUGACAUGAAAAUUAAUCACAACACCAAAUCAUAUAUAUUUUUUUUCUAUAUAAACACAAUACACACUUCCUUAACAUGCAUUCUUGAUAGUCAUAAGUGAUAUGUAUCAAGCUUCUGAGCGGACACUGGUUAACUAUUGCCACCAUAUCAUCGACUAAGUUCAUGCGACUUGCCAUUAUGCUGAAUUCAGUGCUGAAAUUUUAUAUUAACUGCUCGCGCAUGUGACUUGUAAGUAUUCCGUCUUCAAGUGCUGAAUUCACUACUUACAUUUAAUAUUAAUUCCAUACGCUUGAGAUUCUUACGAAUUCCUUCUUUGAGUGCUGAAUUCAGUACUUAAAUUUCAAAUCAAUAGCAUGCGCAUGUGAUUUGUGAACAAUCCAAAUUUCAGUGCUGAAUUCGGUACCGAAUUUUGGUGGACAGCGGCUCUUAUAUAUUGGCUGCAUUAGUGUGCACAAGGUGGCGAAGCGCGAAUUACCAAACUUCGGAAAGUAGCCAUGAGCUUUUUUUAAGAAGUACAUAUUUUGAAAUCCGAAAACAAGUCAGAAAAAACAGAAAUGUUGAAGAAAUCAAUCAAUUAUUAAGUGGACUUAUCAUAAAGGAUUCAGCAAAUUACUUCGUUUUUCAGGGGUAAGCAUCGAAUUCUGAUAUUUAUUUCAUUCGGCUUACAAUAUAUGCUGUUGGGUUUCUUUGGAAAUUAUUUUUUGAAUCAAAUCGAGUUCUUAACCAGUGUCUUUUCGCAAUUUUAUUCACAUUUUACUAUUAUAGCAUCCCUUGCUUUUGCAUCAUUACUUGUAGUGCUUUAUGUCUAUUGGAU